AUGGCCCCCAGGCCCACUGCUUCAGAACAGGAAGAUGUCGCGUGGGAUGCCGCGUUCAACAAGGUGCUGCACGGCAAAUCUGCCAAGGCCCAGGGUGGUUUCGCUGCUAUGCACGGCAAGGACGCCACCGCCCAAAAGGCUGCCUUUGAUGAAUACUUCAAGCACUGGGAUAACCAAAACCCGGCCGAUGAGACUGCUGAGAUAAGUGAGGCUCGGAAAUCUGAAUACGCCACCCUGACCCGGCAGUUGUUCAUAUACCGCUACUACAAUCUUGCAACCGACUUCUACGAAUACGGGUGGGGUUCCUCCUUCCAUUUCUGCCGCUUUGCCUACGGUGAACCGUUCCUCCAGGCCAUCGCCCGCCAUGAACACUACCUCGCCCUCCAGACUGGCAUCAAGGAGGGAAUGAAGGUCUUAGACGUUGAUUGUGGUGUCGGCGGUCCCGCGCGAGAGAUCGUCAAGUUCACCAAUGCUCACAUCACUGGCCUAAACAACAACGACUUCCAAAUUGAUCGUGCGACCCACUACGCUGAAAAACAUGGUCUAUCGGACAAGAUGUCUUUUGUCAAGGGUGACUUCAUGCAGAUGAAGUUUCCAGAUAACAGUUUCGAUGCUGUGUACGCCAUUGAGGCAACUGUCCACGCCCCUGAGCUGGUGGGUGUGUACUCAGAGAUCCUUCGCGUCCUUAGACCUAGUGAUAACCCGGAGCACCGCCGCAUCCGGCUCGGCAUCGAGCAGGGUGCUGGUAUCUCUAACAUGGUCCGGAUCUCCGAGGGCCUAGAGGCCUUCAAGGACGCCGGCUUCGAGAUUCUCCGCCACGUGGAUCUAGCUACCCGCCCCGAUGCUGUCCCCUGGUAUUACCCGCUGGCAGGUGCUUUCAAGCACUUGGGCUCCGUUUGGGAUCUCUUCGCCAUCGCUCGCAUGACCUGGUGGGGUCGUGGUUUCACUAACCGUCUUGUCGGUGCCGGCGAGAAAAUCGGUCUCUUCCCUCGUGGUUCCCGAAAGACUGCUGAGAGCCUUGCUCUGUCUAGUGACUGCCUCGUUGAAGGUGCCCAAAAGAAACUUUUCACCCCGAUGUAUCUCAUGGUUGGCCGCAAGCCGGAGUAA